GACAAGUUUGAUUGCACCACAUAUUUGGAAUACCCAAAUUUUGGUAGAUAGUCUAAAAUAUUUAAUUUAAUUUAAUUUUCAACAAAAUAUAAUGAAUUUAUAUAAUAUUAUUUCGAAUCUAAUAAAUCUCAGUAAUUUAGAACACAUGCCAUAAAAUCACCGAGCUGGUUGUUGGGAGGAUUUCUCAGGCGAAAUUUUCCAAUCUCACCAACCCCACCGCAAAAUUGAAUUACACAGAUUCACACUCUCAUUAAAACUCUUCGAUUUACUCUGCAAGAAUUUUCGAUCUCGAAUUUCAUUUUCUUCGAAUUGAUUCCAAUGUCUAAGGUUUUUACUUUGGCUGAGGUCUCUGAGCACAGCACCAACAAGGAUUGUUGGCUCUUAAUCGGGGGAAAGGUUUAUGAUGUGACGAAAUUCUUGGAUGAUCAUCCAGGAGGCGAUGAAGUUUUGUUGCAGUCGACAGGGAAGGACGCGACCGAUGAUUUUGAGGAUGUGGGGCACAGCUCGACUGCAAGGGCCAUGUUGGACGAGUACUAUGUGGGCGACAUUGAUUCAGCGACCAUUCCCAGCAAGGCCACGUACACGCCCCCAAAGCAGGUGCAGUUGAACCAGGACAAAUCACCAGGUUUGCUCAUCAGGCUCCUCCAGAUCUUGGUUCCCCUCCUUAUCUUGGGUGUGGCUGUCGGUGUUCGUUUCUAUACCAAAUCAUCGGCCUAAAUUUAGGGUUUAGAAGAAACCCGGUGAUCGAUAUCUCGAAUUUAUUCUAUAGAUUCAACUUUUGUGGUGUUUUGAGUGUUUCAUUUUCAUGUACUCUCCCAAGGAACUUCACAUUGCUCUCUUUCUUGGGUAUCUUUCUAUUACAUUCUUAGUUAUUCAUGAAUUUGUCA